AUGCUUAGUAUUACUCCGCAAGUACUCCGUACUUUGGCACAUUAUUGGCAGCUUCAGUACCGAUCUGUCGAGUUCGCUACGCACAAGCAAGUACAGUCAGUACCUGUGUACGGAGUACUUGCAUGUUGUAAUUACAGUACUUGUACGGGUAACGGAGUACAGUGGAGCUGGGCAAUACUUGUACGAGCAGAAGCGCACGCAAGUCCUCAUCCACAUCGAGCACCUCGUCAAGUCCUUGGCGUCGCCAGCCGUCCAUCCUCCCUCCCGCUACUGCCACUUGCAUCGCCAGCCGUCCCAUCAUCUCUGCCGCCACCACCAGCUUGUCUCGGUCGAGCCAAGCUCUCGUCUGUGGCUGACCCAGCCCCGGCUGUCUUGGAUCACCUCCCCAAGUUCCCUCUCCAACCACAAAUUUCAGUUACUUUCCUUGCCGAUCGCAGUACCAGCGCCAUGACUGCUAGGGAGGCGCAGGAGCUCAAGGCGCAGGGGGUCAUCGAGGCGGCCCGGGACCCUCAGAGCCAGGUGACGGCCGAAGCGGCCGAGAGGGAGAUCGUCGCGCGGUCCAAGAAAGCCGGCAUCCCGGCCUUCGACUUCGAUGCCAACGCCACGACGGAGCAGAAACGAGCUCAGGCACAGGCCGCCGUACCCCGCGAGCUUCAGCACAGCAGGCGCCCGAAGGGUGCCGCCAUCAUCACCGACCAGGACGACGGCACCGGCCCGGACGAGGAUCUCCCAGAGGCCAGCAAGGCCGGCGUCCUCGACGUCGCCACCGACGCCGAUGGCAAGCGUCUCGCCGACGGCACCGACCCCGGCGCCAAGGAAGCUCCCUUCGCCCGCACCGGCUGGGCGCCCAAGAUGGGCUGGCCGGUCGAGAGUAUGAGGGAGGCCGAGAGCUUGCUGGACCACGCUACCUGGGCCGAGGGCAAGCUCCCGGACAAGCUCUACGGAGAUUGGUACCACAACGUUGCCCUCGUCAUCUUCGCCUGCAUCUCGUCCUGGCUCGUCGCCGUCUUCGGUGGCGGCUUGGGUUGGGUCUUCAUCAUCAUGGCCGUCUGCGCAACCUACUACCGAACCUCGCUGCGGCGCGUGCGGCGCAACUUUCGCGACGACAUCACGCGAGAGUUGGCCCUCAAGAAGAUCGACACCGACAGCGAGUCUCUCGAGUGGAUCAACUCCUUUCUCGUCAAGUUUUGGCCCAUCUACCAGCCCGUGCUGGCCCAGACCAUCAUCAACUCGGUCGACCAGGUUCUCAGCUCGGCGACGCCCGCCUUCCUCGACAGCCUGAAGCUCAAGACCUUCACCCUCGGCUCGAAGCCUCCACGCAUGGAGCACGUCAAGACGUAUCCCAAGACCGAGGACGACAUCGUCAUGAUGGACUGGAAGUUCAGCUUCACGCCCAACGACACGGCCGACAUGACCGCCCGCCAGCUGAAGAACAAGAUCAACCCCAAGGUCGUCUUGGAGAUUCGCAUCGGCAAGGCCAUGAUCAGCAAGGGUCUCGACGUCAUCGUCGAGGACAUGGCCUUCUCCGGCAUCAUGCGCCUCAAGAUCAAGCUGCAGAUUCCCUUCCCCCACGUCGACAGGAUCGAGAUGUGUUUCCUCGAGCGCCCGACCAUCGACUACGUCUGCAAGCCCCUCGGCGGCGACAGCUUCGGCUUCGACAUCAACUUCGUCCCGGGCCUCGAAAGCUUCAUCCUCGAGCAGAUCCACGGCAACCUGGCGCCCAUGAUGUACGCGCCGAACGUCUUCCCCAUCGAGGUGGCCAAGAUGCUCGCCGGAACCCCCGUCGACCAGGCCGUCGGCGUGCUCGCCCUGACCAUCCACGGCGCGCAGGGCCUCAAGAACACGGACAACUUUGCCGGCACCGUCGACCCCUACGCCUGCAUCAGCUUCAGCCGCCGCCAGGAGCUCGCCCGAACCAAGACGAUCGAGGACAACUCCAACCCGAGGUGGAACGAGACGCACUACCUCAUCGUCACCUCCUUCAACGACUCGCUCGACAUCCAGGUCUUCGACAAAAACGAGUUUCGCAAGUCCAAGGAGCUCGGCGUCGCUUCCUUCCGUCUCGAGGACCUCGAGGAGCUCAACGUGCGCGAGAACGAGCGGAUCGAGGUCAUCGCCGACGGCAAGGCCCGCGGCGUCGUCUCCUGCGACCUCCGCUUUUUCCCCGUCAUGGAGCCCACGACGGGCGAGGACGGAAAGCCGGAACCGCUGCCGCCAUCCAACCAGGGCAUCCUGCGAUUCACCGUCGAGCAGGCCAAGGACCUCGACGGCACCAAGAGUCUCGUCGGCAUGCUCAACCCGUACGCCGACAUGUUCCUCAACGGCAAGGCGGUGCACCAGACCAAGAAGCUCAAACGCACCAACAACCCCAUUUGGGACAACGGAUCCAAGGAAAUUCUCAUCACGGACCGCGCAAAGGCCAAGUUGGGCGUCACCAUCAAGGAUGACAGGGAUCUGACGGGAGACCAGGUCCUCGGCAAGUACCAGAUCAAGCUCGACGAGAUGCUCGAGUGCAUGGAGCAGGGCAAGGAGUGGUACCAGCUGUCCGGCGCCCACAGCGGUCGCGUCAAGAUGAUGGCGCAGUGGAGGCCCGUCGCCAUCUCCGGCGUCGUCGGCACCGGAGGCUACGUCACGCCCAUCGGCGUCAUGCGAUUCCAUUUCCAGAAGGCCACCGACCUGCGCAACUUUGAGUCCUUUGGCAAGUCGGACCCGUACGUGCGUGUGCUCAUGUCUGGCGUCGACAAGGCCCGCACCGUCACCUUCCGGAACGAUCUCAACCCGGAAUGGGAUGAGGUUCUCUACCUUCCCAUCCACACGCCGCGGGACAGGCUGUCUCUCGAGGUCAUGGAUGCCGAGAAGCUGGGCAAGGAUCGAAGUCUGGGCCUGGUCGAGGUUUUCGCCGGCGACUUUGUCCACCAGGACGACAACGGCGAGUAUCUCGUCCACGACAAGAAGCAAGUUCGAAACGAAGGUCUCCGUCUGCACGGAAAGGGUAUCCCCAAGGGAGCGUUGACCUACACAGUUUCCUUCUACCCAUGCCUCAACGUCGCCGACCCCGAGGAGGAUGAGGAGGAAGAGGGAGCCGAGAAGGCUGCUGCCGGGGACAAGAUCACCAACGGCACCAGCAAGGGCGGAGAUCUGCCGAGCGACGCCAAACCUAGCGCGAAGGCGGACAAGGAUGGCGAGAAGCAGUCGCAAUCAUCCACGUCGACGCCCGAAAGGCAAUCGGUCGAAAAGAAGGGACCGCCAAAGAUUCGCCUCAGCCCCGAGGAGCUCCUCAAGCAUGAGAGCGGCUUGCUCAUUUUCCGCCUUCUCGAGGGCGAGCUCCCCGAGAGCAACAGCCGUCUCGAGGUGUUUGUGGACGACAUGGCCUACGCGUCGUACGUUUCGUCGACAACGCAAGGAAAGACGCACAAGUUCGACGAGAUUGGCGACUGUGUCAUUCGGGAAAUCGACGUGUCGCGCCUGACCAUCAAGGCUCGGAAGAAGGGUGACGAAAAGGACCAGAUACUCGCGCAGCUGACGGGGAACACUCUGGAGACGCUCAAGCAAUGCCUGAAUAACCCGACAACUCUCAAGUUGAAAAGCGACGAUGGCAAGAACGGCUGGGUCAAGGUUAGCCUCAAAUACGUGCCCAUCAAGAUGCAGCUCGACCCCAGCGAGAGCAUCAACAACAUGGGCAAGCUUCGCGUCGACGUCUUGGACGCCAUGGAACUGCCCUCGGCCGACCGAAAUGGCAAGAGUGAUCCGUACUGCAAGUUCGAGCUGAACGGUCAGGAAGUGUACAAGACCAAGGUGCAGAAGAAGACGCUGUCGCCGGCCUGGAACGAAUUCUUCGAGGUCAGCGUCCCGUCCCGCACGGGCGCGAACUUUGUCGUCAACAUCUACGACUACGACUUUGCCGACAAGCCCGACUUCUUGGGGGGCGCCUUGAUCAACCUGGCGAACCUCGACCCGUUCAAGCCUUCGGAAUCCCGAUACGUCCUGGACGGCAAGUCAGGCAGCGUGCGGAUUCGACUGCUUUUCCGACCAGACUACGUCACCAGAACCAGGCAGGGUACCUCCAACUUCACGGGCACGUUCUCGGCGCCCUCUCGGAUCGUCACCGGUGUUGCCGGGGCGCCUAUCAAGGGCGGCGCCGUCGUCGCCGGUGCCGUCGGGCACGGAGUCGGCCGCGGAGCAUCCUUCCUGAAGCGUGGCGUCUUUGGCAAGAAGAAGGAUGGGGACGAAACGAACGGCGCGCUGCCCGAGGUUGCCGAGAUGGACCCGGCGGGCAGCGAAGUUGGACCUGGCGGCGCACCAGAGGCCGCGCCCACUCCCAGCAUCGAGCUCAACUCUCCCGGUCACAGCCGACAUAGGAGCAUCGGUGCCUCGUCGAUACACAGCGCCGCACCCGGCUCCGGCCCGACCGGGACCGCCUCGUUCACCGUCGUUUCCGCCGCGGGAUAUCCGCCAACGGCCGAUCUCUACGUCGUCGUCUCCCAGAUGUCCCCGAAGGAGAAGGCCAUCGGCAAGACCAAGCACCACAAGUCCUCCACGGGAGAAUGGACCUUUGACGACACCUUCACGGCAAAGUGUUCCUCGGACGCUCAGUUCAAGAUUGAGGUGAAGGGUGAUCACUUCAUAGGCAAGAGUGACGACCUCGGCGAGCAUGUCUACUUUGUAGACGAAUCGGGAUCCGGCGCGGCGAAGGAACUCACCAUCGGCGCCGGCACCGUGACGCUGAAGAGCCACUUUCAGCCAGCCGAGCAGAGCACUCCCGACACACCAAAGUCCCAUGUGCGACGGAGUUUCUUGGGCAAUCGUGAAGGGCGCGGAAGUAGGGAGCCGACGCCAAAUCCCUAG